GUUUCAUUGCUUGUUUUAUAAGAGAUAAAGCACAAAACUCGCCGAGUCACGUGAAGGCCAUGAAACGUCUGAUUGGUGGAUCUGCGGCGUCACUCUUAAAGAGCCAGCACACGCUGCGUUCCUAUUGGCCCACCGCGUUCCGGCGCCAACUUUCCAAUAAAAAGACGAGCGGCCAAAAGAAGUCACUUCACUCUGUACUGUUUGUGUGUCUCUGUCUAGAGCGUCUGCUUUUAAUUUUUGUCUUUUGUUUUUAACUCCUUCACGCUUUUAUUUGUCAAAAUGCAGUCAGCUCGCUCGCCUCUUUCCGUCUACAACGAAAACAAGUUAAGCGGUGACGUAGGCAACAUGUCGCUGGAUACAGAAAACACGCCUCCAAGCCUUUCCACCGCUCGCAUCUUGGCGUCGAAAACCGCGCGAAAAAUCUUCUCCGACACACCGAGCAAAGGCGUUAAGAGCGGUGGUGAUGAGGUGGAGCCUCUACUCAAGGACAAUCCCCGCCGUUUUGUCAUCUUCCCCAUCCAGUACCAGGACAUCUGGCGCAUGUACAAGAAGGCCGAGGCAUCUUUCUGGACCGCAGAAGAGGUGGACCUGUCCAAGGACCUGCAGCACUGGGAGACUCUGAAGGAAGACGAGAAGUUCUUCAUCUCUCACGUGUUGGCCUUCUUUGCCGCCAGCGAUGGCAUCGUCAAUGAGAACUUGGUGGAGCGCUUCACGCAGGAAGUGCAGGUGACGGAGGCACGUUGUUUCUACGGUUUCCAGAUCGCCAUGGAGAACAUCCACUCUGAGAUGUACAGUCUUCUCAUCGACACCUACAUCAAAGACCCCAAAGAAAGAGAGUACCUCUUCAAUGCCAUCGAGACCAUGCCGUGUGUCAAGAAGAAGGCUGACUGGGCGCUCAACUGGAUCGGCAACAAGAACGCCACCUACGGUGAGCGCGUGGUGGCCUUUGCUGCUGUGGAGGGCAUCUUCUUUUCCGGUUCCUUCGCCGCCAUCUUCUGGUUGAAGAAACGCGGCCUGAUGCCCGGCCUGACCUUCUCCAAUGAGCUCAUCAGCAGAGACGAGGGUCUCCACUGCGACUUUGCUUGUCUGAUGUUCAAGCACCUGAUCAACAAGCCUUCCGUCCACACCGUCACCGCCAUCAUCAAAAACGCUGUGAAGAUCGAACAGGAGUUCCUGACUCAGGCGCUGCCCGUCAAGCUCAUCGGGAUGAACUGCGAUCUGAUGAAGCGUUACAUUGAGUUUGUCGCUGACAGGCUGAUGAUGGAGCUCGGCUUCGACAAGAUGUACCGUGUGGAGAACCCCUUUGACUUCAUGGAGAACAUCUCUCUGGAAGGAAAGACCAACUUCUUCGAGAAGCGUGUGGGCGAGUACCAGAGGAUGGGCGUCAUGGCCACCACCAAUGACAACACCUUCACGCUGGAUGCCGACUUCUGACCACACCCAUUCCUCAGCAGCUGCUGGAUUGUGUCUUUUAUUGUAAAUAGGUUUUCUAAUAAAAUAUAUUUCUUAUGUUUUUGUGACAUGAUUAAAUAGAUUUUAUGUAAAUUAACUUUAGAUAUUCUUUCUGUAAACAUUUUUGUUUACAUUAAAUCUAUCAUUACCUCAA